CAAUUUCUGUGAUGCUUGUUGGUGAAGUAAAUAGUAGUGGUUUUUUAUUCAGAAAGAGAUACUCGGAGAAACAAACUGCAUUGCACGCACCUCUUUCUUUCUGACCCGCAACACUUGGGCUAACGUUUCUUCUUCAAUUUGUUUUUUCCAUUUGGAUUUCAUUACUUAGGGUUUUUUGAUGCGUGUGAUUGAUUCAGUUAAAUGCGAUGGAUUUGAGUUCGGGGCCUCAAGAAUUUGAUUAUUUGUUCAAGUUGUUGAUGAUCGGAGACUCUGGGGUUGGCAAGAGUAGUCUUCUUCUCAGUUUCACCACUGAGGCUUUUGAAGAUCUUUCACCCACAAUUGGUGUUGAUUUUAAGGUCAAAUAUGUGACGAUGGGGGGUAAAAAGCUUAAGCUUGCAAUUUGGGACACUGCUGGUCAGGAGAGAUUCAGAACACUGACAAGUUCUUACUACCGAGGGGCACAAGGAAUCAUCAUGGUUUAUGAUGUAACCCGGCGAGAUACAUUUACAAAUCUUUCUGAUAUAUGGGCAAAGGAAAUAGACCUUUAUUCAACAAAUCCAGAUUGCAUCAAGAUGCUUGUUGGAAACAAAGUCGACAAGGAGGGUGAUAGAGUUGUGACAAAGAAAGAGGGAAUAGACUUCGCCAGGGAAUAUGGUUGCCUCUUUAUUGAAUGCAGUGCUAAAACUCGAGUUAAUGUUCAGCAAUGCUUUGAAGAGCUUGUUUUGAAGAUUCUCGAUACACCUAGCCUUUUAGCUGAUGGCUCAAAGGGCGUACGAAAAAACAUUUUUAAGGACAGGCCACCCCAAUCUGAUGCAUCUACAAGUAGUUGUUGCUGAUUUGAAGAAGCUAUUUCACUAAAAAAACCUACAUUUUAAGAAUGAGGAUCUCAAAGGGAAGGGCUCUGCAUCCAUUUUAAGAAUCUGAACAUACUUUGCUGGUUGUCUAGGAUCAUAGGAAGCCAUUUUUUUAAAUUUCUUUUUUAUUUUAUUUUCAGGUUCCUGUUUUGUCUUGAAUAUUCGAUGUAACCUAAUGAUGAUGGUUGGUUGUCUGCAAUUUUAUUUUCUUUGUGGA